AUGUGCCUGAAUUUCGGCGUGGCGCCGAAUCCCAUGUACGGGGUGACGGUCAAGGCAUUCUCCAACUUCUUCGUGGGCAUCAUCCUGCUUCUGGGCGUUUCCCGCUUGGCCACGCUGUGCUGCUCGAGGCUUUGCCCGCCUGAACGGUUCAACGCCUACACGGGCACGCCCGUGCGCCAGAACGGCGAGGAAGAUAACGAGGACUUGCUUCGUGAAGCGGCUACCUCAUCCGACGAGGGUCCUGGGUACAUGCCGCCUUUGUAUCCGGGCGACAAGGUGAGAUAUUCUUCUGGGCAGGUCGGCAUUGUGGUCCAACGUUAUGAGAUGAACGACGACUAUCCCGGCAAAGCAACCUAA